AAAUGGUCACCUACCGUUUCUCUCCUUUUGUCUGUAAGGUUUCUUUGUGUUUAUCCUAGUGCAUCUCUAUGCCUACUGGUCAAUGUGAGGUCCUGUGUUUUCUCCAGACCUUUUAGUUUCUUGCGUGUGUGUUAUAUGUGACCUUUUUAAUGUUUUCUUGUCUUUGUCUCUUGUGUGUGUUUUUGAGUGGCUUUGAGUGUUGGUGUUUUAAGGUCAGCCGUUUUCUCUCUGUGGUUACUUUAUUUUUUUCUCCAUAAGUUUUUGGUGUUGGUCUGUUAUUCCUUUUGACCUCGUGUAAGUUUGGUGUGGCUGCCCUGUUCAGUGUUGAGUGUUUCUUGUUUGCUUUAAGGUUGGUGGUUGGUAAGAUUCUGUUAGGUGUGAAGUUAUUCAUUGGGGUCCUUUUGUUCUCUGUCUACUUCUGCUAGUAUUUAUGGAGGAUAUUAUUGCAACCUCUUCUCCUAAGAAAGGCAUGAGCUUUUCAUGCAACGAUACUUCUGUGACUCUUGUUCCGUGUGCUGCUUCGAUCAAGGCCCUGUCUGCUUGCUGUUUGUAUGGGAAAGUCGUAGCUCCCAUGACUGUGGAAGAAUCAUCUGUGUGGGAGUUUGUGACAAAAACAUGGAAGAAACCGGUCUCUGUGGUGUCCAUGGCGGAUGGUUUGAAGAUGUCUAAUAUCUUCAAGUUUGGGUUUGAUUCUGCUGAAGAUAGGGAUUGGGCUCUUGCUAAUGGCCCCUGGUGCGUUCGUGGGUACACCCUGGUAUUGCAAGCUUGGUCUUCAAGCUUGGAAGGCUCUGUUACGUUCAACAUGUUGCGGGUGUGGAUACAAAUCCAUAACCUUCCUCAUGAGUUUUUCUCUCGCGACAAUGGACACUUCCUCGGGGGACUGGUGGGUAAAGUGAUAAACAUUGAUCUGGAGGAAGGAAAACCAGUCACUUGGACUCCAUUCAUGAAGAUAUUAGUAGAUAUUGAUGUCCAUAAACCUCUAGUGUCCGGGUGUUUUUUCGAUUUGACUUCUGGUGAGAAACAGUGGUUGCAAGUUAAAUACGUGAAGAUCGGUAUCUUCUGUUACUUCUGUGGAUGUCUAGGCCACCAACGCAGGGGGUGCAAGUUGUCGUCGCCGGUUACGGUGGCGAAGGAGGAUGGCGUUCCGUUUCCUAUGUAUGGCCCGUGGUUAUCUACAUCCUCAGCCUAUCUUGACGUAUUCUCUGGACCGUCGUUUGGCAAAGUCCGUCAACUGGCAUCCUCGGAGGUGGCUAAAGGUGGUGGAGAAAUUGGUCCGUUGGCAACUCUCUCGGCCGAAGGUGUUAACUGUGCGAAAAUCAGUACAGGCCGCGUGCAUAGACGUCUGAGACGUCCUCUGGGUUUGCCUGCGAAUGCAGCGUCUGGUUCUGGGAAGGCUCAGCGAGCCGUGUGGUUCCCAAAGCGAAGCUCGGUUGGCCUGGAGAAGGGAGUUUCUUCUUUUAGCAAUGGUGGUAUGAACUGCUCGCUGGACAAAGAGAAAGCUAUUGUUUCUCUUCCUAUUUUAAAUGAUGUUGAUGUUGACCGGUCAAUGGGGAGGGAAACGAAUUUGAAUAACAAAGCCGUUUCUUUGGCUUUGGGCGAGGGUGGGCCUACUGUUGGGCCGAGAUUGGUGAAGGAUGGGCCGUGCUUUAUUAUUGAGGAUUUGGAGGGGGUUAGGGAUUGUGGGCCCCAGCUAAUUGGCAGUGGGCCGAAUGGGACAGUUAUUGAUUUAUCUGAAAAGGCCAAAGCUUUUAAUUCAAGCUUUGGGCCGAAGGAGGGGGUGAGUAGUUCUAAUAAAGAAAUUUCUUCUCAAAUGAAGGCUAAUGGGCCGAGGGUGCUUAAUUCUCUCUCUACCCCACCUGGGCCGCUUCUUGAAGACCAAGUGGUCAACGCUCGGGAUGGAAGCUCUUCUAACCAUGCUAGUACUCACCGUGAGUCUAUGGUUCCACCUAAUGAGGAGGUGGCUUUGGCUCAAUUUUUCAAGGCUCAAGAGGAUUUAAUGCAUGACCUUCGGCAUUUUGGGAAGCUUGACCUCUAUGAAAUUAGGAGGAUCGGAGGUGAUAUUGGUGUUCCGGUUUCUUCGGAAGUCAAUGAGAGGACGACUCCUUUCAAAAAAAGAAAAUUUGAAUCCUCGGCUUCUCUUUGCUCUAGGCCUCACAAAAUUCACCGCAAGUAUCCUGGUGUUGUGCGUGAUUUUCCCUGGGACCCGAAGCGUGAUGAUGAUAUUGUCGUUGAUGAUCCUUCUGAGGAUAGCUCUAAUUCCCCGAGCCGGUCUGGUAUCUUGAAGAACCCUCUGGCUGGUUCGUUUAUGAUCGAUGAUGCUGUGUCAAGUGGGUCUGCUUACUCUCAUACCCCUGUGGAGGAGAAUGAUGAAUCUCCUCCACAGGAGCCAUGAGAGGCUUAGCCUGGAACUGUAGAGGGUUAGGGCAGACCUCUACAGUUCGGGAACUGAAGUCCCUGCUCUGGUCGCGCUCACCGGAUUUUGUUUUUCUGACCGAGCUUAAAGUAAACGCCAAUUCUCUGAUAUGUAUGAUUCCUUGCUCCAUAGUCCUCCCCCAGCUUUAAAGGAAACUUGGUCCCCUCCUCCUCAGGAUUGGAUUAAGCUGAAUUGUGAUGCCAAGGUGGGUUUGGACAGCAUGUGCUUAGCGGUUGUGGCAAGGGACCAUCUUAGCAGAGUAAUUUGUGUUCAUACUGCUCGCGAGAAUUUCUCGGACGCUUUGUGUGGUG